UGUGUCCCCAGAGAAUCUGUUCGGGGUAGGAGCUAAGUCUCUGAACCACUUGUUCUGUUUAUGAGUGCCAAGUUAAUCCCCAGCAGUGAGAGACGGGGAAGGAGCAGGCUGUUGGGCUCUUCCUCCUGUUGAAAAUUCACCGACACUCUGGAAAUUUUCUUCCUUCUUCAGCUUUGAAUGUUUCCCCAAACAUGAAGGUAAUACUUUUAUUCAUCUUGGUGGGAUUUAUAGGAGAGUUCCAAGUUUUUUCAAGAGCUGCCUCUCCAGUCAGUUGCCAGUGGGAUUCCUAUGCUUCAUGGUCAGAAUGCAAUGGUUGUACAAAGACUCAGACUCGCAGGCGGUCAGUUGCUGUUUAUGGGCAGUAUGGCGGUCAACCUUGCGUCGGAAGUGCAUUUGAAACACAAUCGUGUGAACCUACACUAGGAUGUCCGGUGGAAGAGGGAUGUGGAGAGCGGUUCAGGUGUUUCUCAGGCCAGUGCAUCAGCAAAUCUUUGGUUUGCAAUGGGGAUUCUGACUGUGAAGAGGAUGGUGCUGAUGAAGACAGAUGUGAGGACUCGCAAAGCAGACCUGCCUGUGACCUUGAUGAACCUCCUCCCAACAUAGAACUUACUGGAAAUGGUUACAAUGAACUCACUGGCCAGUUUAGGAAGACAGUCAUCAACACUAAAAGUUUCAGUGGUCAAUGCAGAAAAGUAUUUAGUGGGGAUGGAAGAAAGUUCUAUAGACUGAGUGGAAAUAUCCUUUCCUAUACAUUCCAGGUGAAAAUAAAUAAUGAUUUUAAUUACGAAUUUUACAACAGUACCUGGUCUUAUGUAAAGAAUACCUUGACAGACUAUACAUCAUCCAGUAGCAAAAGCCACCUUUUUGGAUCUUCGUCUUCUUCAUCUUGUCAUACUGUACCAGAUUUCAAUGAUAACCACAAGGAAAAGAGUUAUCAGUUGUUGGUUGUCCAGAACUCUGUGGAAGUGGCUCAGUUUAUCAAUAACAAUCGGGAAUUUUUACAACUUGCGGAGCCAUUCUGGAAGGAGCUCUCCUUCCUUCCCUCUCUGUAUGACUACAGUGCCUACCGAAGAUUAAUCGACCAGUAUGGGACACAUUAUCUGCAGUCCGGGUCCCUAGGAGGAGAGUAUAAAGUUCUGUUUUAUGUGAACUCAGAUAAAAUCAAAGAAAGUGGUCUUCAUUCAGAAGAUAUGAAGAGAUGUACUUCCUCAGGUUUUAACAUUUUCUUUGCAUCAUCAUCAUCACACGAAUGCGAAACCCUGGAAAAUGUCUUAAAAUCAGAUUCAGGAAAUAAGGGCCAUGUGCUGAAAGGGGACUCAUUUGUCAGGGGGGGAAGUCCAAAUUUUGUGGCUGGCCUCAGUUCACUGGAUCUGAACAAUCCUGCUGAAAACAAAGAGCAAUACUCUUCCUGGGCGGAAUCUGUGACUGAUAGUCCCCAAGUCAUAAAACAAAAGCUGACACCUUUGUAUGAGCUGGUAAAGGAAGUACCCUGCGCUUCGGUGAAAAGACUAUACCUGAAGAGAGCUCUUGAGGAAUAUCUGGAUGAAUUUGACCCCUGCCAUUGCCGACCUUGUCAAAAUGGUGGCGUUGCCACCAUUAAGGGAACACAAUGUCAGUGCCAUUGCAAACCAUAUACAUUUGGUGUGGCUUGUGAGCGAGGAGUCCUUGUAGGGAAUGAAGCAGGAGGGGUGGAUGGGGGUUGGAGUUGUUGGUCCUCGUGGAGCUCCUGUGUUCAGGGGAAGAAAACAAGGAGCCGAGAAUGCAAUAACCCAUCUCCCAGAGAGGGCGGGAAAUCCUGUAUUGGAGAACCCUCGGAAAGCAGCCCCUGCGAAGAUGAGGAGCUGCAGCAUUUACGGUUGCUUGAACCACAUUGUUUUUCUUUGCCUUUGACUCCAAAAGAAUUCUGUCCAUCACCUCCUGCCUUGAAAGAUGGAUAUGUUCAAGAUGAAGGUACAAAGUUUCCUGUUGGGAAAAACAUAAAAUAUACUUGCAAUGAAGGAUACUCUCUUAUCGGAGACCCUGUAGCCAGAUGUGGAGAUGAUUUACGGUGGCUUGUUGGAGAAAUGCAUUGUCAAAAAAUUGCCUGUGUUCUACCUACAUUGAUGGAUGGCAUUCAGAGUCACCCCCGCAAACCAUUCUAUGGAAUUGGUGAGAAGGUGACCAUUUCCUGUUCAGGUGGCAUGUCCUUAGAAGGUCCUUCAACAUUUCUCUGUGGAUCCAGCCUUAAGUGGAGUCCUGAUAUGAAGGGUGUUCGGUGUGUGAAAAAAGAUGCCCCCUUGCCACCAGCAGUGCCUGAAUGUCAGCGCUGGGAGAAACUGAAGAAUUCAAGAUGUGUUUGUAAAAUGCCCUAUGAAUGUGGAUCCUCCUUGGAUGUAUGUGCUCGAGACGAGAGAAGCGAAAGGAUACUGCGUCUGACAGUUUGCAAGAUGCGUGUUCUCCAGUGUCAGGGUAGAAAUUAUACCCUUGCUGCGGGGGACAGUUGCACUCUGCCUGCCCCCACUGAGAAAGCCUGUGGCGCCUGUCCACUCUGGGGAAAAUGUGAUGCCCAGAGCGGCAAAUGUGUCUGCAGGGAAGCAUCCGAGUGCGAGGACGGCGGCUUUAGCGUCUGCGUGGAAGUGGAUGGCGUGGAGCAGACGAUGAGCGAGUGCGCGGCUGGCGUGCUCAGGUGCCGCGGACAGGACGUCACUGUCACCAGCACGCAGCCCUGCGCUGGGGGGACCCCGUAGGCUCCCGGGCCUCUCAGCCGGAAUCCCGCAGCCACUGUGGCUGAGUUCAAACAUAUGUAACCAAGCCCUCGAGGCGGCUCUGCCCCCGUGGAGGAACCCUCCUCCUCCCUCCUCCUCCCUCCUCCUCCCUCCUCCUCCUCCCCCCCCCCCCCCUUGCCUCUGCACUGUCUCUGCUCAACUCCCAGCCUCGGGCACCAGCAUAGCCCCCUGUUCGGCCAAACCCGAAUCCAGACAACACUCCUUCUCUUCUAGUUAAAAUGUCAGCCAGGAUGAGCAGUGCCCUCGAACCUGUGCACGAGCUGUGUAGUUUUGGACCAACUGCUCACUUGUCUGGACCGUGACUGUUUAAAUCUGAAAAUUAGAGGCUUAGACCAGAGAAACUCGAAUAGUCCCUUCAACCCUAGGAUUCAUCGAUGUAUGACAGAUCCCACCUAUGGGCCCGAACACCCUGUACAGAUGGAUUAGGAGAACAGUAAGAUGAGAGAGGUCGGCUUCCCUCUGGGGCGAUGAAUGCGAAGGGGACCUUGAGUGGAAGAAGACAGAUACAAUUUUCCAUUCCAAGCUGCGGUCUCGUGCUUCUGCCUGUGGACUCCAGCACCACGUGUCGGGAUCCCUACAUCUUAUCCGGACACGGAACCCCCGAAGUGUCAGAACCACUGUGCUCUCAUCACUGACACCUUCUGCCUUCUUGUCUGAGCACAAACGCAAUCCCUUCUUCUCUCUGGGGCUUUUCUCUAGUGCGUGUCAAGCGCAUGAAAUGCAAUUUGCCCCCUUUCCCCUUUUUUCUUUUGUAGGAAGCAUGAGUUCAUGCCUGAGCUAUUGAGAGAUUGUGAAUUUGACAGCACUGUUUUCUCAAAUAUGAAUACAUGCUUGGAUUUUUCAGGGGGCCAUACAGGUACUUCAGUUUGAGACACUGGCCUUCUAUUUAUCCCUUAUUCUUCUUUCAUCAAAACAAAAAAGCAGCUGUGGGAGAUGAAAUGAGUGGGCUUAAAUGGAAUUUAAAAUAUGCUUUCACAUACAAAAAAAUAUCUGUGUACUUUUCUGGUACUGAUAAAUACAUUUCAACAAAACCUUAGUUAAAAUGACAAUGAUUAAAAUCUCAUUAAAGAUACUGUUCUUUGGAA